CCAAUACAACGUAAUACGUUACGACAAGCAGGCAGCCUUGACUAGGUAUCAUCUUUACCUCUAGAAAUUCAGCACUGCGGGAGUCUUUCAGUUUAUCGCACCUGCUCUUGGAACAGAACUAAGUUUGAGGCCGGAUGAGUUUUUCCUUUUUGCUGUUUUUUCAAUACACAGACGGAGACUGUCCAUGCGAAGUCUAACAGUGCUGCUGUGCCCGUGUCUUGUCGCGGUAGUGGUGCAUUUCUGGAUGGUGAUAAACCGGACGGCUUCAUUCCUGGAUUUCCUUUACGCAGUUAAAGAACAAGAGUUGCACUCCUAUGAAGUACUUGUGGGAAUCCUCUCAGCACGACAUCAUUAUGAGCUCCGAGACGCAAUAAGGAGCACAUGGCUUGGACACCUGAGGCAGGAUCCCCACUGGCAACAUCGGGUGCUUGUAAAGUUUAUUAUUGGAAUACAUGGCUGUGAUGUCCCUUUGGAGGACAGAGAAGACCCCUAUUCAUGCAAAACCCUUAAUCUUACUGCUCCAGUGGUUGGACAGGAGAUUGAGGCCGUAGCUGUUUCGGAUACUACCAGCUAUUCCCUUUUGGGGGCUCCUCUAGUGAGUGUUGACUUUAAGAUCCUUCAUGCCAUAGUUGUCACCCGACUGGGUGUUUUUCCAGAUGGCCAUGGUUUGGAGUACCGGGGAAAUGUUACAGUCAAGCUUUAUCAGCUGGAGCAGGAGGAGCCCAUUAUAACAGCUCGCUUCAGCCCCAUCAGCUUUGGAGUCGGCAUUAAUGGUGUGUGGUACAAACCAGUGGAACAAUUUAUUUUACCAAAGGGGUUUGAAGGCACACUUGUGUGGGAGACCUUAGACCCAGAGGGCCUCAUUACAGCAAAUGUCGCCAGUCUUGUAUUUAAUUCUGGAGGUGGCGUACUGAGAAUAAAUGCGUUAGAAGAAGGCAUUUUACCCCACAGAAGUACACAGGGUGUCCCCGGUCUGGCUGGUGGGUUCACUUACACCAUCUAUGAAGCUGAAUCCUUGGUCCAGAUGCUGGCCGGACGCCCAGACAGACUAAAGAAACAUUCUGCUGAACGGAGAGAAGCAGACACCCUGCUCAUGGAGGAGAGCCGAGCUCACCAGGACAUUGUGUUCGUUGAUGUGGUGGACACCUACAGAAAUGUGCCUUCAAAGCUGCUGCACUUUUACAAAUGGUCUAUUGAAAAUGCAGAUUUUGAGCUGCUUUUGAAGACAGACGAUGAUUGUUAUGUAGAUAUGGAUGCCAUGUUUGAAAAGAUAAGGCGCAAACGUUUGAAGAGGCGAAACUUUUGGUGGGGAAAUUUUCGUCAGAGUUGGGCAGUUGAUCGUACAGGAAAAUGGCAGGAGUUGGAAUAUGCAAGUCCUGCCUACCCAGCAUUCGCAUGUGGCUCUGGUUAUGUUGCUUCUAAGGAUCUCGUUCAGUGGUUAGCAGACAACGCCAAGCAGCUGAAAGCGUACCAGGGAGAAGAUGUCAGUAUGGGCAUAUGGCUGGCAGCUGUUGGACCACAAAAAUUUCAGGACAGUGGCUGGCUCUGUGAAAAGGAGUGUCGAGCAGACAUGCUGUCUUCCCCACAGUACUCGGCCAAGGAGCUGGUGGAGCUGUGGAAUCGCAGGGUGUCCUGUGGAAACCCUUGUGGCUGCAAAGAUGAUCUAGAAGACUGAUCCUGUGCUAGCUCAGCAGUGUAGAAAGAGAACCCAAACGUCAAACGGUCUUCAAGGACUGAUUUCUCCAUGGAAUUCAUGAACUUGAUAUUCCUUUCUUAGGGAGGGCUCGGCCAUCCUGAAGCCUACGUCAGAGAGUUCAAACUGCAGGACUGCACUGAUGGUUGGCUGGGUGGUAAGUAGGCAAAGCUCGCCAUUUAAGGCCGAGAACAGCUCAACGGAGAAUAAAUAUUUGAAGGCCAAAUCAACACAUGCUGGGUUACAAAGAUGUUCAAGUGGUGUGGGUUUGAGGCUGUGCUUUUCUCUUUGUUUUUAAUAACUUGACUUCUUAAGGGAUGCUUUGUGGAGUGCAGACAUUUUUAGGAUUUGUCUUCAGCUGGGGAGUCCCGAGUCCUACGGCACACCUCAGAUACUCCUGAUCAGAUCGCACAUGGCUGGUGUAUGCAGCGUUGUGUUUAUGAUCUCCCUCCAAUGAAAAACAACUUCAAUGCUGAGAGCACUUUGGUGGUCUGUACAAGAUCAGUCACUUAGAUGUACAACAUUAGUAAUGUUGUUCGAUUUCUGAUUCAUGAGAAAGCAGUAAAAGCUUUCCUUGUGCAGUCCUAUUGAAAAUUACUGUUUAUAAAUAAGAUCUCCAUCCUCUACUAGGACUUUUUAACUUUUUAUACUGUACCUCACUCAAUGUUCAAACAACAUGCAUGUUGCUUGUGCCAUUUCUGACAAUUACACUGCUAAGUCCAUGUGUGUCUGAAAAGACAAGUUAUUAGAAAUUAAACAGGGUGCCUGUAUUACUCUAC